CGGAGUGAGUUGUGGAGGCGGGCUGCUGUUCUUCCCCCGUCAGGGGAGGCCUGGGUGGGAAGCGGCGAGGCGGGACCUCUCCCUGCUCGACCCUUCCGUCGCACCCGCGGAAGCCCGAGUUUGGGGGCGGGAAGGGUUGGCUGGGAGGGGAGAGUUCGCGCUGCUCCCCUCGCCCCUCUCCGUGGCCUCGGGUCCUCGCCUGCCCAAAAUAGCAAGGAAGUUGAAACGUUCAGUGACUACCCGGGAAGCAGCACCUAGAAAUCCCCUUGAAAGACGCAUCUUUGAGCAAUUUAGUCAGUGUUUCGUGUCGAGGGUGCUCCCCCGCCUUUUAAAACAAUUCAUAAAUAAAUCUGAUGGUUGAAAGUUCCCAGAAGUCACACAGCUAUCCGUGGAGGAGGAGGAUGCCCACUGUCUCUCUGCAGGCUUGGCUGUCCUCAGCCCGUGUUUCCUUCGAACCAGCAUCUGCUGCUUGCCCAUGUCUGCUUCACAAUAUAGAGAUGCGCAGAACCGCCCAUCCUUAGAGGAGGCUGCCUGUUGCAUCUGUGCAGGAGUUGCUGUGCCUUCCUUUCCUCCUUCCAAUCCUUGAACAGUGACUUUUUGUAGUAACCAAGCAACCACACCCUUCUUUUCUUGGACAGCAUGAUAUGCCUUUUGACUCUGUCAGAUUCUAGCCACCCUGGGACUUUUUCCACUUGAAGAUAUUAUGGAUCAUGAGGCCCCAACUAUCAGGCCUCGUCGGAUCCAGAACCAGAACGUCAUCUACCGUCUAGAACGUCGAAGGAUCACCUCUGGCAAGACUGGCACCCACUGGCACCAGGUGCGCAUCUUCCACCAAAAUGUCUUCCCCAAUUUUACCGUGGUCAAUGUUGAAAAACCACCCUGCUUCUUACGGAAGUUCUCCCCUGAUGGGAGGUACUUCAUUGCCUUCUCCUCAGAUCAGACUUCACUGGAGAUCUAUGAGUAUCAAGGGUGUCAGGCAGCAGAGGACCUCCUCCAGGGCUACGAUGGGGAGAUCUUGGCUAACGGCAAUGACCAGCGGUCCAUCAACAUCCGCGGGCGACUCUUUGAACGUUUCUUUGUCCUCCUUCACAUUACCAAUGUGGCCUCUAAUGGCGAGCACUUGAACCGUGAAUGUAGCUUGUUCACAGAUGAUUGUCGCUAUGUCAUUGUUGGCUCUGCUGCCUAUUUGCCUGAGGAGCCCCACCCUCCCUUUUUUGAGGUUUACCGCAACAGUGAAUCAGUGACACCUAACCCCAGGUCACCUUUGGAAGAUUACUCUUUGCACAUCAUAGACCUUCACACAGGCAGGCUUUGUGAUACCAGGACGUUCAAAUGUGAUAAAGUCAUAUUGUCCCACAACCAAGGGCUCUACCUAUAUAAAAAUAUCCUGGCCAUUCUGUCUGUACAGCAGCAAACCAUCCAUGUAUUUCAGGUAACACCUGAGGGCACCUUUAUUGAUGUACGAACCAUAGGCCGCUUUUGCUAUGAAGAUGACCUCCUCACUCUCUCUGCUGUCUAUCCAGAGGUUCAGCGGGAUUCUCAGACAGGCAUGGCGAACCCAUACAAAGAACCGUUCAUAAAUUCUUUGAAGCACAGGCUGCUGGUCUACUUGUGGCGAAGGGCAGAACAGGAUGGGAGUGCUAUAGCUAAAAGGAGGUUCUUCCAGUAUUUUGACCAGCUGAGGCAGCUUCGCAUGUGGAAAAUGCAGCUCUUGGAUGAGAACCAUCUCUUCAUCAAAUACACAAGUGAAGAUGUGGUCACGUUACGGGUGACAGACCCUUCACAGCCUUCGUUUUUUGUUGUGUACAACAUGGUGACCACCGAGGUGAUUGCUGUAUUUGAGAACACGUCGGACGAGCUGCUGGAACUCUUCGAGAACUUCUGCGACCUUUUCCGGAAUGCCACACUGCACAGCGAGGCGGUCCAGUUCCCCUGCUCGGCCUCAAGCAACAAUUUCGCCAGGCAGAUCCAACGCCGGUUCUAUGCCCGAGAUUCCGGGCUUCUAAAGUUUGAAAUCCAAGCGGGACUCCUGGGCCGGCCCAUCAAUCACACCGUCCGACGCCUGGUUGCAUUCACCUUCCACCCUUUCGAGCCCUUUGCUAUUUCGGUGCAGCGGACUAAUGCAGAAUAUGUUGUAAACUUCCAUAUGAGACACAGCUGCACGUAGCACGCUUUCCCCUUAUGGUCGCCAUGGGCACUGAGUGUACGCAUUUUGUCAGAGGCACACCAAAGCUGAGCAUUCAUGCUCUAGGAAACCAAACAGCUUUAGAGGAGUGAUGUGCAUCUCAUCUAACAGUGUACGGCUUUGAUGCGUUGCCUGAGUACAGAUGAAGUCAUCGUAGUUUUCCUCAUGUUUCUCAGACUUUCAGCCCUUCUGCCAUUCUCAAUAAGCAAACAGAUUAUAUUGUAAAUUACUUCUGCUCCAAUAAUGCCUCGCAUUGUUUUGUUUUUUAAAAAGAUUGGCAUUGCUACGUGAGCAAAAUACAACAGAGGAACCAUUUCCUUUUAACACCAAAGAUUUUAGUCUUUCCUUCUCUCCAUCUUCCCGCACUGCAGUCUUGUAACAGUGGGAUCAGAGUUCAUCGCUUCAGAGUAGAGGUGUAAAAUUUAUGGAAAUGUUAAAGCUCUGGAAAAAUGUAAUGUGUGUGUUGUUUUUCAGGGAGAGGGUGGCGUAAUUUUUGAGGACAUUUGAAAUAUAUGCAAUAUUUAUUUUCUUAUGAAACCCAAAUGUAUUUUUACUGCUUUAACAACAUAAAAUGCAUAAUUCGCAACUUGGCACACAAAGCUAUAUCAUGUGGCGUAUUUAUGAAAUUGAUAGGACAGCCCUAUGCAUAUUUAGGUAUAUGUCCCACUCUUUAGUGAUGCUAACUCCCAGGUAAACAAAGCGUAGGAUCGCAGACUCAAAAGUAUAAAAACGCCUUAUUUUUGUGCAAGCAAAGUUGCAAGUAUACCCAAUUCUAGAGAGAGAUGCAAACUGCUGUACAUGUAUCUUACUUUUUUGCCACCUGAGAAGUGGGGGGGGGGGGGAAUAAAAGUUGAAAAUAAGAACCACAAAUUUUGUAGUAAAGUAAACAAAAUAAAGUGUAUGGUCCUCUCAUGAAGAUAGCAGGACCCUCUAGGUGCAGAAAUG